CGCCAGUGCCGAGUUGACUGCCGCCGAGCACGGUUCGUGUCGCUCGCGCGUCCGUUCGCCGCCGCCCUGCCCCGCGUCUGCGCGUCGCUUCUCCGUACGGAACGGAGUGCAGCAACAACUCAGCAGUGUGUGUGUGUGUGUGUGUCUCUUGUGCGGCCCGAUCUCGGAUUAUUUCUACGGUCCGCCCCUCCCAGCAUGGAUUACUCUUGGAAGUGCGCGAUCUAACAUGGAUACAUCGCGAGUGUGAAGUGUGCAACAGUGUGUGAUCACUGCAGAAGGAGAUAGAGAAAUACAAAUAGUCUUGUGUGUGCUGUGACCCGCCGGCGCGCGCGUGUGUGUGUCUGGCGUGGGAUCGUGAUUUUGUGUGAAGUUUGUGCGAGGGCGCUGAGACUCGCAGCAGUGGAUACAGUGUACUCGGGCCAUGAAGCUUGCCGGAGUCUGACUCAGUCGCGGAUGAAAGCUAGCGGCAUGGCGUGGCCACGGGUGCCCGUCCGGGGGGUGCCUCCCGAGCGGGGGCGGUCCCGGGGCCCGCGGACCCAUCCGCUCGCGAGCCCGCUCGCACUGCUCUUACUGCUGCUGGGUUUGAGCUCGCCCGGAGCAGCCCUGGCUCGGAAUCUCGGUGAGUACGAGCUGGUGGACUCAGCAGGAAUACCUCAGCGUCAAGCUCGCGCAGCCCGGCCGCCCCUGCCCGGUGAGUUGGGCAUCGCGGGACUUGCGGCGGCCGGGGCAGUGGCGGGAGCGCCAGGAGACAGCAAACAACCGCGCUACGACACGGCGUACGCGUGCGAGGGCAAGACGCUGACCAUCGCCUGCCGGCCGGGCGAGCAGAUCCACCUCAUCAGGGCCAACUACGGACGCUUCUCCAUCACCAUCUGCAACGACCACGGCAACACCGAGUGGUCCGUCAACUGCAUGUCGCCGAAGAGCCUCCGGGUGCUGCACAACAAAUGUAGCGAGCAGCAGAGCUGCAGCGUGGCCGCCCACACCAGCAUGUUCGGCGACCCGUGCCCCGGCACCCUCAAGUACCUCGAGGCCCACUACCAGUGCUCGCCAGUGUCCAGCCAGGCGUCCACGCCCAGGGCGAGCCCCCCCUGGCUCCAGACUCCGCAGCCCACCGUGUGGAGCACGGCCAAGCUGCCCCCCGGGCUGCUCAAGCCCGCCGCGCCCCCGCAGCCGCCCCCGCAGCCGGCAGCCGGCUCCUCCUCCACUACCCUCGCGCCCGCCACAGACCUGGAGGCGGCCGCGGGGCCGGGGGCGGCGGCGGCAGCGCCGGAGGGGGCGGGGGCGACCGGCACCUCGACGGCCACCUCACAGACCACCGGCCGGCCUGGGGCUGCCCCCGUGCCCGCGCCGCAGCCGCAGCCCCCAUCGCAGCAGGAGCGGGAGCGAGAGAGGGAGCGGGAACGAGAGCGGGAGCUGGAGAGGGAGCGGGAGCAAGAGACUGCGCUGGAACCCGCCCCCGCACCGCCCCCAGCGCCGAGCCCCGCCUCCGCCCCUGGCUCUGGACGGGAGCCUGGUUUUGGUUCCGUCGAGCAACCCCAGCCUCCUGCUGUGGACCAGCAGCCUCCCACAUCAAGCACUCCAGCAUCUUCAACAUCAAUCAUUGAUAACUCUCUGUCGUCAAGUAAUCCAUGGUUCCAAGGGGAGUUGUCUUUGUGCAGUCCAGUUACAGCUCGUGGGCUUUACUGGAACUUUACACGUGCUGGGGAGGUUGCUGUUCAAGCUUGCCCAGGAGGUGCCACAGGUGUUGCAAAGUGGCGCUGCAGUCAAUCAUCUAUGUGGGAACCAGAAACACCCGACCUGAGUGAAUGUCGCUCAGUGUGGUUGACAAGCUUAGAAUCAAGAGUGAAUGAAGGCGACUCGUUAAUUAGCAUUGCUAAUGAUUUAUCUCAGGUUACAAGCAGUAAGACAUUGUAUGGUGGUGACAUGAUGACAACCACCAAAAUUAUGAAGGCUAUGGCUGAAAAGAUGGCAAAAGACAGUCAAACAUUUCCAGAUCUUCAGCAGAGAGAAGCUAUUGUCACAGAGUUGUUGCAUGGAGCUGUCAGAACAGGUUCCAAUCUCUUGGAUUCGGCACACAUUCCCAGCUGGCAUGAUCUUAGCUACAGAGAACAAAUGCUAGCAGCUACAUCUUUAUUGAUUGGUUUGGAAGAGAAUGCCUUUCUUGUAGCUGAUGCUGUGAUGGCUGAGAAAACAGUUAUCCAGUCAUUCAAGAACAUUUUGCUCAGUGUUCGAAUCCUGGAAAAUCGUAGUAUUGGCUUAACUGAACAGUUCCCCACUAAUGCUGCUCUUCAAAACUGGGAUGGCCGUCUUGUGUCGGAUGGAGAUUGGCUUGAACUUCCAAGGGGUGCGCUUUUGGACAACUCUGACAAGGGACUGGUUCGCCUUGUGUUUGUUGCCUUUGACCGCCUUGAGGAAAUCUUACAGCCUAAAGGAGAUCCUGUGGAAAACAGUGUAGGUGUUGUCAGUAAUGUGACGAGAGUCCUCAACAGCAAAAUCAUCUCAGCGUCUCUCGGGAAAGGGCGUCACAUUCAGCUCUCCGAACCAGUUCGACUUACUCUUAAGCACAUACGUACUGAGAAUGUCAGCAAUCCUUCAUGUGUCUUUUGGGAUUACACAAUGAGCUCGUGGUCUGAAGAGGGAUGUAGAGUACGAAGCAAUAAUCAAACACACACUGUUUGUGAGUGUGAACAUCUGACGAACUUUGCUGUUCUGAUGGAUGUGCACUCAACAUUGCUUCCGCAAGUUCACCAGGCUGCACUGCAAGUCAUCACAUAUGUGGGCUGUGUCAUAUCAGUUGUAUGCCUGGUACUUGCCAUCCUCACCUUCCAGCUGUUCCGAGGACUCAAGUCGGAUCGCACAACCAUCCACAAGAACCUCUGCAUUUGCCUGCUUCUUGGAGAACUACUGUUCUUGGCCGGCAUUGGGCGAACUGAUACACCUAUCCUCUGCGGAGUUGUAGCUGGGCUGCUGCACUUCUUCUUCCUUUGUGCAUUCGCCUGGAUGUUUCUGGAAGGCUUCCAACUAUAUGUGAUGUUGAUUGAAGUAUUUGAAGCUGAAAAAUCUCGAGUUAGGUGGUACUAUCUCUUUGCGUAUGGAGCUCCCUUGGUGGUUGUUGCUGUAUCUUGUGUUGUGGAUCCAUUUUCCUAUGGCACAGAGCAGUACUGCUGGCUUCGAGCAGAUAACUUUUUCAUCUUUAGCUUUGUUGGACCAGUCAUAGCUGUUAUACUUGCCAAUUUAGUGUUUUUGGCAAUGGCGAUAUUUAUGAUGUGUCGCCAUGCAAGCUCGGCUGUGGCAAUGAAGAGCAAGGAACAUUCCCGUCUUGCGAGUGCAAAUGGGAAAGAAGAGAAUGCCCUUCAAACCAAAUUACAAUCACACCUGGCUUGGUUGAGAGGAGCCAUCGUUUUGGUAUUCCUUUUGGGUCUUACAUGGACCUUUGGUCUUCUCUACCUCAAUGAGCAGACAGUCGUAAUGGCCUACAUCUUCACUAUCUUGAAUAGUCUUCAAGGACUCUUUAUCUUUGUAUUUCAUUGUGUUCAAAAUGAAAAGGUUCGCAAAGAGUAUAGAAAAUUUGUAAGAAGACACUCUUGGUUACCAAAAUGCCUUCGAUGUUCAAAAUCAUCUCCCAACGGCAGUAAAGAGAGGAGAUCCAGUCUAUACACAGCGUCAAAUGGGAAUCCCUCUGCACCCAAUACCCACAGCUCUGCCGUGGGUGGAGGAUCUGAUAACGCUGCGAAUUCCUUCCUACAGCAGGGCUGGAACUCACGCAGCCUGCGUUCUUCAGGCAAGGGCCUGGGCAGCACUUCGUCCAACACAGUGGUGGUGGGCCAGGUGACCCACAUGCCCGUCAUGGCCCAAAGCCCCGUCCACGGGACCACCAUCGAGAAUGGGGGCCCCGUCCUGGUCAAUGACAUGGACCCCAAUGGCUCUGUGCGCACAGCUACCUCCCCCCUAGAAAAUCGUGUCUCUACAUUACCUUAUUCCAGAUCCAAUUCUCGUGGCCAACUUCCUAAAUCAGCGUCAUCAUGGGGCUCUCUACACAAAAACAUGUCACCGAAAAACUACAGCCGCGAGCAGAUUAGAAACCAGCACCUGGACCAUGUUCUCAACAACUCGCACUACCCCACCAACCACUACAACCACCACAACGGGGCUCAGGCCCACCACCUGGCGCACGACAUGGAUGACGGCGGCCGGGCGCUGCGCAGUGGCACGGGCGGCCGCCGGGCCCACAGCCCCUGGAACCACACCUACACGGAGAUCAGGGAGCGCGAGCGGGAGCGCGAGAGAGAGCGCGAGCGGGAGCGGGAGCGCGGGCUGCGGAGCAUGGACGACCCCGUGUACGAGGAGAUAGAGCGCGGCGGGGAGGUCCACGCCUCGGACUUCUCGGACGACGACGGCCGGCGCCAGUCUGAUAUGAGCCGCCAGUCGUCGAGGAGCUACGGCGACCACCGGCCGCUCAUUCCCUACAGCCCGGGCACCACGGCGCCCCUGCGCUAUGUGCCCAACAUGUCCAACCAGUGCGACAUCGCGCGGACCGUCGCUGUCCUGGACGGCGACACAGUGGUCUGCCACCUCGAGCCCGACCACCACCUGUACCCGCAGCGGACAAUGGUGCCCUAUAGCGAGUGCUACUCUCUACAGUGACUGUGCUAAGAGUAUUUGGUGCCCAGCCCCAGGCGUCUGUGGCUAUAAUUGCUAUUUUUUUAAUUUUCAUACUUUCCUAGAGUAAGAUGACCCGAGCUGUGUUCCCACAAGAGCCAUUUAACUUGACUUUUAAAAAAAUGGACCCUCGUAAAUGAAGAUUGCUUGUGAUAUUACAUUUAGAUUUGUAAAAAGGACUUCCUGAGUAAUGGUAAAGAAUUUAUUGUGUAUGUCUAUAAUGUUGUUUUGGGUAGAUUUGAUAAUUAGGCCCCUUAAAAAUCGUACCUUUUUGUGACUGCUCAUCAUGAUUUCAAAAAAUUAAUUUCAGAGACAAAAUUAAUGAUUUCAAGUUUUUGAUAUGAUAGACUGAGCAAACAAUAAUCAUGCCUUUAUAAAAGGUUUUGCAAAACUGAAAAAUUAUUUUAAAGUGCAGUUGCAUUGUUUUGCAGUACUUUAGUCUUGACUUUAGUACAAUUUGUUGGGCCUUAGGGUACUUACCAAGAGCUAGGAGCAGUCAUUUGCUUAGCUCUUACUGUUUUAAAUGUGAUAACUGUUGUGCUUGAUUUAAGUGCUUCUUUGUAUACAGUUCUAAUGACUGUUUUGUCUAUAGUUGUAUAGUUGUAUAUUCAUUUGUACCAUAAGACUAUUGCAACUGGUUUUGUCUCUUUGCAAUUCCAUUUGUGUCAUCAUUUGACUAUGUUACCAAAUAUUUCCCUGGGGCUGUAAAUCAAUGGAUGGUUUGAUUGUGCCUAUGCUUUAAUUUUUCACUUGCUAACGAAACACUCCAAGGCAGUGUAUGACUUGCAGGAAGAAUGCACACUGCCAUGAUGACCUGUACUGAAAAAUUGUUCUUUGAAUUACAGCUCCAGAUGUUUUGCUUUUGUAUUGUUACAGACAGCAGAAUAUAUGUAAAUAAGACUUUGUACAGAGAUGAACUGUCACAUAGAAGGAGACGUUAUUUAUUUCCAUAUUUUCCAAUUAUGUAACUGAUAGGAACAAUAUUUGAUUGGGGCUUUAAAUUAUUGGGAGGGGAGGGUGGUCUUUCUUAAAUUUAAUACCGGAAGCUUUCUAUCGUUUUUACAAUUUAUGUUAGUGUGUGUUUUUUGUAUCUGUUUAGUUGCAAGUCACUCUCCCCAAACAUCUGUUAUGAAUUUGUGUUGAAGAUUCAUGAUUUGUGAUUCUCUAUAAUUAUUGUCUUAUUACCCUCUCAUAGAAAGAUUUGAGCAUUAUCUCAAGUUAAAACUCCCUUUUUCUCUGAUAUUUUCUGUUGUCUCCUUUUGUCUAUUGGGUGAUAAGGUCCAGUUCCAAGUAUGAAAAUUUGGAUUUGCCUGUAGUUUUACAAUAGGUUUUGUACAAGCAUUAAUGCAUUUCAUAGCUAUGAACUGUGCCGUGUCGUACUACAUUCCCUGUCAUGCAUUUAAAAAUCAACUUUAUCAUUAAUGGGAUUUAUCUCUCCUUAGACUGUUCAUGUCUUAUCCAUGUCUUAAGAUUUUGUCAAAGUUGCCUUUGUGAUACUUUCCUGCGUUUAAAUUAUGUUUGCCCUGAUGUCUUAAAGGAAUACAUCACCAUAUCUGGAUGUACCGUCACACGCUGGCCAGUGCUAAUAAAUGAUGGUCAAUGUGUGGAAAUGUGCCAUAACUUAAAGCUCUGACUUUGGAGUACCAUGUAUAUAAAUUAUCUGUCAUACUUCAGGGCUCAAUAAUUAGCAGGUAGGCAACUGAUAAAUUUUUCUGAUCAAAGUGCUUGAAGUUUUCACUGUUACAUAAGUCUGAAAGCUAAAAUGAAUUGGAAUUGAAACCAAGGAAAGUAGAUU